AGGGGCUUCCUCACGCACGGCGUGGUCACUGUCACUGGGGUGUCGGCGUCGCUGGAGGCCACCCGCCGGGUGAUCGAGCGCGUGGGCGCGGUGCAGAACACGAUCUUCGGCGAUGUGUGGCAGUUCAGCGCCGACGGCGCCCACGCCGACACGGCCUACACGCAGCAGGCGCUGAGCGUGCACACGGACGGCACCUACUACACCGAGCCGCCCGGAGUGCAGGUGUUCCACUGCCUGCACCACGACGGCACCGGUGGCGAGACGACGCUGGUGGACGGCUUCGCCGGCCUGCAGCGGCUGCACGCCGCCGACCCGGCCGCCUACCAGCUGCUCUCGACCGAGCCGUGCGCCGGCGAGUACCUGGCUCGCCGCCUCCGCUUCAACCCGUACGACCGGGCGCCGGCGCGCCACCUGCCGCCGGCGCGGCUCGAGCCCUUCUACCGGGCGUACCAGCGGCUGGCCGAGACGCUGCUCAGCCCGCGCCUGGAACGCCGGCUCCGCCUGACGCCCGGCACCGUGCUCUUCAUCGACAACUGGCGCGUGCUGCACGGCCGGGCCGCCUUUACCGGGCGGCGCGUCAUGUGCGGCGGCUACGUGGCGCGCAGUGACGUCAUGAGCCGGGCCCGCGCCGCCGGCCUGCUGCUGUAGGAGCCGGUGACGUCAUCGGUCGGUGUCGCAAUGUGGUCCAGGAACGUCAUGAGCUGCGUCGCGUCAUUGGCAGGCUGCACGGUGACGUCAGGAGCCGUAGCGUCGUGAAGUGCAGCGUCAUGGGACGUCAUAGAGGCGCCGACGCUGCUGACAGCUGCUGUAGGGGCUCAGUGACGUCAUACAGCGCGGUGUCGCGAUCCGUUUGAGUGACGUCAGAGUCGCACUGAGGUUUAACGCGAGUGUGUGCCGUGGCAAGCCAUCAUCCACCGACCAAUGCUGACUGACUUUGGGAUCAUUCAGGUAUUCGUGGGGGUUCCCAUGUCGCGUUUAAUACUCACAUUCUGGGAUAAUUUGGCUGCUACAGGGAUGUUACGGCUCUUAUCUUGAAAGCACUGCACUUUAAAUCCAGCGCUGCCUGACUUAGUCGCCGGUACAAGUCAAGCUGUUGUAGCUUAUCCAAUAGUGAAUGCCUUUAGAUUUGAACUUGUUAUGGUGCUCAACUAGAGUGGCGUUCGACACUGUUUACAGUUUGAUACAAACAGAAGGCCUAAUGGCAGUCAAUGGCACUUGUGUGUCUCCGCCGGACUCCUGCCCGCUUACAUUGCCAAUCUGGACGCUCCAGGGCUGCUUGCUGUACUCCCACUCCGUUUGAUCCUGCGUGAACUCUCGAAACCAGGGGUUUACGUCACAACACAAUACACACGAAGUCAGGCAUCAAGGUUUCGAAACCUUGAUGGUAUUUGGCGAUAAUGAGAAAGCAGUAACAUUUGGGUUGAAGUCAACAUUUAGGUUUCGGUGAUAUUCCACGAGGCGAUUUUUACACAUGGGCUCACUCCGACUUUUUCCUCCGAACAUGUCAUGCACUGCAACUAGACUUUGUUUGAAAGAUCCUGAAGUAAGUGGAAAAAAAGGAGGACACUUCCUCUGCGCGUACGCAACACCGUAUUUUCUCUGGUGAUGAUAUGUACAUGCGCAUACAAUUCGAACGUGAACGUGAAAUGAAAUCGAUUGUGAUGACGCGUGUAAAGUUGAUUGAUAAGUAUUCUUUUACCUUUUUGACGUGGCCUUAUUCACGAUAAUACGAUUUUGCUCGUGUCUAGCACCCCGUCUUAUUAUUUACCUGUCCCACCGUUACUUCGUGUACUUAAUUUGAGUCAGGACCAGCCAUAGUCAGGGGCCUUGCGCUCGGUGCGGAAGGCGCAGUUACGAGGUGAAUAAAGAAAUAAAUGAAACCUGACUUUGACUCGAUAUCAUGUAAGUGACUAAAUGAGACCUGAAUGAGCCUGAUUGUGCGCUCGGCGACCUA